CGAUCUUCGACAAUAAUGGUGGAAAACAAUAGCGGUAACGAUCUACCUCCUGGAUUUCGAUUCCAUCCGACCGAUGAAGAAUUGAUAAUGCACUAUCUUAAGAACCAGGCUACCUCGCAGCCAUGCCCCGCUUCAAUUAUUCCUCAAGUCGACAUCUACAAGUUUGAUCCUUGGCACUUACCAGAUCAAGCCGUGUUCGGGGAGAAAGAGUGGUACUUCUUCACCCCGAGGGACAGGAAGUAUCCAAACGGGGCACGACCCAACAGGGCGGCCGUGUCUGGAUACUGGAAAGCAACAGGGACCGACAAAGCCAUAUAUAGCGGUUCCAAGUAUGUAGGGGUGAAGAAGGCGUUGGUUUUCUACAAAGGUAAGCCUCCAAAGGGCAUCAAAACCGAUUGGAUCAUGCAUGAGUAUCGACUCAUUGAUCAUAGCGGUCAAACCUUGUCACCAAAGAUGAUUAACAAAUCCAUGAGGUUGGACGAUUGGGUUUUGUGUAGGAUCUACAAAAAGAAGAAACCAUUUUCCAUGGAGAGAACAUCAUUUGUUGAUGAGAUGAUCAAGGUUGAGGAUUUCUCUAGCAACCAAUUAGAAGUGACUUAUAAUAAUGACAAUAAUGCCCUGCAGCCGGAGUUGAUGCCGUCGCCGGCGCCGGCGCCGGAAGACAUGAAGUUUCAGUUUCCAAGGGUUUAUUCUAUUUCACACAUGUUAGAUUGGGAAUUGGAUUGCUUUGGUCUUUUGAAUGAGAACAACCAAUGUGGUAGUGCCAGCUCAUCAUCAUCAGCAUUUGAUUCGAUUAUCAAUAACGGCGGUGGGUCCCAAUGGAACAUCGAACCAGCCAAUCACCAGUAUUACACAACGUCCACGUCACUUAGGCCGCCGCAAGAGAAUAGUCAGACUAGUGAACUGUUUGGAUUCAAUUAAAUAAUAUAUAUUUAUAUGUUGUUGAAUUAAUUAUUAAUUAU